GUAUUGUCUCAACUAGUAUGGGGACCAUGGGCCUAUACAACCGAGCUUCCAAUAAGCAGAUCUAGAAUUUACCAAGUAAAUUCCCUAACUUAUUAAUUUCUUAUUGCAUCCAACAUAGAACUUGGAAUUGCACUCUCAGUUAUAUAUAGAACGCUUUAUAUGUUCCACGAUAUAUAGAUACGCUAUAAUCAUUUAACCAUCGUUCUAAUCCCAAUAAUCAAAGAUCCUCUAUAGAUAAUUUACACCGAGUAGGGAUAAAUUUACUGUUUCACCCCUCAAUGUAUUUUAUCCUUAAAUCACUAGCUUCCUAUAAAUGAUAUUUCAGUAAACUAAUAUAAUCACUAAAAUAAGAGCUCUUCCAUUUAUCUCUAUUAAGCCAAGCUCGAAAGAAAUCAUCGUUUCACUUCUAUGUCCAGAUAGAAGUUAUAGAUUCCAUAUCUAUGUUUAGCGCUCCCACUCAAUUGUACUAUCAUGUUCCCGAAAUGUACGUAUCACCCAGACCAAAAAGUAGGCUCAACUAACAUAUCAAUGAACACAAAUAACACUCUUGAUCAGAUCGAACCUAAGCAUAUCAGGAUUAAGAUCUUUUGAUCUAAGAUCAACCAGUGAUAUUGACUUAGAAAGAUACAACGGUAAGAUUAUAAUAUCUUUACUAAGAUCAAUAUCAGUCCCAGUCUAAUGUAUACUCCAUACAUCCGAAACUAGCAUACUUUGUCAAUGUCCUGUAAAGAACAUAACACUUAUCCAAGGUGUAAGUAUAGUUCAUCGCUGAUUAUCACAUCAGUGUAAAUUCAGUGCACUAAUGAAUCAAGGGACAUUAUCUUUCGAAGCAUAUAAUCACAAUUACAUUCCACUGUGUUGACAUCACUGUCAUUGUGAAUAACUAUAUGUUCUGGACUUAACAGAUUUUGUACACAUUAAACCAUAACAUAUGAAAAGUACUAUGUAAACAUAAAUAAUUUCUAAUCUUCUAUUGAUAACAAAUCAGAUUACAUUGAAAUGAGUAUUAUUUAGGGCAUAAAAUCCAAACAUGCUCCUCCUUAAUCAGCUCUUCAUCUUCGUCAUUUUCCAUUCGAGCCGAGAGUUAAGCAAUCAUUCUCCAUUAAGGGAUUAGCAGGUAAAAAUUAUCUAAUAUUAUUAUUUGAUUGUUAAUAUUCUUGGCAAAGACAAUUAGAAAUGGAAGGUAAUAGGAUAAAUCUUAUAUUUUUUAUUUUAUUGAACUAUUUUGCAUAGGAAAGGUUGAUAUUCGCUUAAAAUUGGGAUUUCAGUCAGUCUUUUUUUAUCAAAUACCAAUCUAGAGCCAAGUGACUUAAAGAGAAAAUAAUUCUUGAUAUUAUCACUAUAGUACGUGGGUGACGUUGUGAUUUGGUUUUGGCUAUUUCAAGUUUUUUAUUGACGAGAGCUUAUCGCACGUAUAUUUCAUAUUUUCUCUUAUAAUGCUAGUGGAUUUACGUUUUUGAGUUUGUAGAGACCACAGUGUUGGGGAAAUGAUGUGGAUUGCUUAGGAAAACUUCACUAAUUGGAUGAACUUAAGUAAUCAUUUUAUUAGUUCUUGUCUUGCAUGCUUUUUACUUUCUAUAUGCUUUCUCUUUUGCUAUAGGCCAUAUUGCUUUAGACCAUUCUAUAUAUGUUGAUAUUUUAUUUUACUUUUCUUUCAUUUUUUUAUUUAUUAGUAGCUCUAGAUUUUAGUUAUAAUUGAAUGUUAUGCUUAAGUAUAUAAGCUCUACGAUUGAGAACUAUUAGGGAAAUUUACAAACACUAUUGAUUUUUCCCAUUUUAUUACAUUUAUACUGUGCCACGCUGGAAACAACAUUUGUUACUGCCUUGAAACUUUAGCCGUGUAAGGGAUUUAUCAUUGCCACUUGUCACGAUAGGGUUUUGCCACGUUUAUUUUUUUUUUAAAAAAAAAUAUUUUUAAUUGUUUGAUUUGACGGUUAUGUGUUCUGAUCAAAAAGUAUUGUAUUUAUGUAUUUUUCUUUUAUUUUUUUUUUAUUAUUUUCGAAUCUAAAUUUUGUAAUUGGUAAUCUCUCUCAUCUCAACUGUUCAUCUUCUUCCCCAUUUUCAGUUUUGUUAUACGGUUGUAGUAGUGGGUGGUUUUUUCAUUUUAAAAAAUUUCAAAUCCCAUACCACUAUCUUAAACUUCCCUCUCAUUUUCCCUCCCAUUUUUAUUAUUUUUGUCUAUAAAUACCUUCAUAGUUCUUGAUAAUGGCCGUUACUCGUUCAUCACCAUCUCCGGCCAAAGUUACAAAACCCACAAAACAAUCGCAGAAAACCAGACCCAAAUCAAAAAUGGGUAAAAAAAAUCUGAAAGAGAACCCUCCUAGCCCCACUUCCCCUUCUGUUAAAAGAAAAACCAUUGCUGGACCUUCGAAGAACACUCGAGGAAAAAGACCUCGAACUGUUGUUGAAAAUUCAGACUCAGAUUUUGAGUUGGAUUCUGAAUUUCUUAAGUCGCCUGUUUCUGUUAAGGGCAAGGGUAAAUCCCCUGUAAAGGUGUUGCCAUCAUCAGGUGUGGCUGAGGAAAUUCCUGUUAAUAGGAUUGUUGAGGAUUGGGAAUGCAAGUACACCCGAUCUCAAUUCUAUCAUUCUAGAGUAGUAACAUCUGGGUAUUACUCUGUACUUGGUGACAUUAAGAGAAUUUUAACUGAAAGCCAAUUGGAAAUUUUUUCAAAAUCUGUGUUUGGUUAUUUUCUUCGGAUUCCAGAGUACAUAAUUCAUUACCAAUUGCUUCAUUGUUUGCUGUUGAGGGAGGUUCAGCAGCCUAAUGGGUUGGAGUUUUGGGUUUGUGUCCAAGGGAAAUACCUUAGGUUUAGUAUCGAAGAGUUUGCGUUGGUCACGGGGUUAGAUUGUCAUGUUGAUUCUGAUUUUUAUCAGUUUAAGCAAGAUGAUAAUGAAUUGAUCAAACAUUGUUUUAAGGGGUACAAAAAAAUUACCAAGGGUGCUAUUCAGACUGCUUUUAUUGCUGACAAUCUUAAGGAUAACGACGAUCUUGCAGUCAAGUUGGCUGUAUUGUAUUUUGUGCAGUGUUAUUUGUUAGGUGGUCCCCCGGGUAAAGUUGUUUCGUCUGAGGAAAUAGAUGUUGUCGAUAGUGGUCGAUAUAAUGAAUUUGGGUGGGGCAAGCAUUGUUUUGAUAUCACUAUGCAUUCUUUGAAGGGUAAGAUAGAUUCUGGUUAUAAGAGGGUAGUUCGUAGUGACGAGGAUGGUGGGUAUUACAGAUUAUUGGGUUUUCCUUUGGCUAUUCAAUUCUGGUUUUUCGAGUGUUGCCCGUAUGUUAUUGGGAAACUGUCCUUGUACUCAAAUGCUGGCAUUCCAAGGAUUUUGAAUUGGCCUAAAUUACCCAAGGACAAGGAGGGUAUGGUGAAAAUGGAUGUAAUGAACACCCUCAUUUUCGAUCGGUCUUUGAAAGAGGUAAUCCUGUUGUUUUUUAUUAUCUUUCCACUGUUGUUUUACUGUUGUUUUUGUAUACAUUAUUUAUACUUUAUGUUUUUAUUGUUCUUGUUAUUUUAUAAUAUCAGUUUCAUGUGCGUAUUGUUUUUUUUUGGUUUUUGUUGUUUCAGUUAAAAUUAAGAAACAUCACUCCAACUUCCGUUGAGAGAUUGAGUUUGAGCCUCACUGAUUUUUUCUCUGGUGAGACUACUCCCGAGGCUGUAAAAUUCAAAAUUAAAGGUGGUUCCAAGCCUGCUGGUCAACCUGGCUUGAUGGGUUCUUCUUCAUCAUCUGCUCAUGAGAAUGUCUCCCGAGUUGAGUUUGAGGAAUUUAAAAAGUGUUUAUCUGUUGUUGUCAGCCAGCAAGGGAUUCUUAUGAAAUCUAUUGCUGAGAUGAACAAGAAGCUGGACAUUCUUAUUGAGGUGUUUUUUUUUAAUUGUCAUUACUUUUUCUGUUAUUUUUUUAGUAGUGUUUUUAUGUUGUUUUAUACAGUUAAUUAAUUUUUUAAUUUUUUAUUUUUGUUCUCAGUCAUCCCAAGGUGGUCUUACUCACAAUGGAUCUCAGUCUGAAGAUGCUCUUCGUACUUCAGAAAAUGAGGAUGAUGAAGAUUCCACUUCGGAGGAAGACGAGGAUGAUAAAUUCGACGAUGACAAAGGAGAUGAUCAUCAUGACGAUGAAACUGAUGAUGAUGAUGAUGAUCUGGGUGGAGAUGGUGUUGGUGCUGGUCAGGAUGAGGCUCACACGGGCGAUGUUCGUAACGAUGAGGGUGUUGUUGUCCCCGAGGUUGUUUCGAGGGAUGAUGAUACCGGCAAGAUGGAUGAUGCCAAGAAUUCUGACCCUGUGGAACCUAUUGCAGAGAUCAAACAGGUGUAUUUAUUGUUUGGACAUCAUUUUUUUUGUGCUUUUUUGUGUGGAUUUCUGUGUUUUGUGUUUGUUUUAAUAGUUUUUUACUGUUUUUUUUUGUUGUCAGCCUGAACAGUCUUAAGGUGGGUAGGACAACAUUGAUGUUGAUGCAACAAUUGCAUCUGCUGUUAAAGCUGUGGAGAAUUUGGUUUGUGUUUCUGUUUUUUUUUUUUUUUGUAAUUUGUAUUUAUAUGGUAUUCUAUUGUUGUUUUUAUGGUGUUUUUAUUGUACUGUUUGAAACUUAAAAAAAAUCUUUUUUUUUAUCCUUUCUCUUUUUUAGAUUGGUUCCUCUACUAAUGCCCCUGCUCCUGUUGAGACUUAUGAGAAGACUGAUCUUGAAAUGGUUGUUUUUCAAGAGACUCCUAUUUUACAUCCUCAAAAGAGGGAUCGGAAGAAAGGAGCUGUUUUGAAAUCCCCAUUCAUUGAGCUUGCUUCUGGUGCAUCUAAAUCAGGUUCAUCCUCAGUUUCUCCUGAUGAUUCUGUGUAUAAGGUCGUUAAAUAUGUGCGUGGUUUGUGCCCGUUGGACAACAAGAUUGGUGAACCUGUCGAUCCGCAAUUGGAAGCUGAGUUUGUCAAGUGGGUUGAUACAGGUCUUAGAAAGCAUAAAUCUAAGUAAGUAUUUUUGUAGGUGUUUUCAGUUAUAUAUCUGUUAUCGUUUUCCAUUUAUUUUUUAUUUUUUCAUUUGUGUUUUGAUAUUUUUUUAUUUGUUUUUUUUAGCACAACAACUAAUGUGUAUUGUAAGGGUAAGGACACAAUAUUUCCGCCAUUUCGUUUUGGUGUUGAGGACAUCGGGAACAAGAUGUGGUUUCAUAACCUUGCCUACCCUAAUUGUUUCCUUACCAAUUCUGUAAGUUUUUAUUAUUAUUAUUAUUAUUAUUAUUAUUAUUUUACAUAUUGUUUUUUUAUUUAUUUAUUUUUUUGAUGUUUUUAAGUGUUGUUCUGUUAGUUUUUUAUACGUUUGAAUGUUUUUUUACUAACUUUUUUUUUUCUUUUUGUUCAGCACAUUGACAUCAUUUUCUAUUAUCUUCGUAAGAAAAUAAUGUACUCAGCCGAGCCGAAAAUCAAAGUCACCACAACUGAUUGCCUGUUUUGUUCUAGCAUAACAACUUUGUAUGAGAAGUUUGUUGAGAAAAACAAUGAUAUAUCGGUGUUGUCUCUUUCUCACAAUGUGGCCCAGUACAUUCAAGGUGGUAAGAUAUUAUGUGCCACUCCUUGGCAUUUGGUUGAUCAUGUUGUUAUGCCUAUCAAUGUAAAAUUACAGGAUCAUUGGAUUUGUGGUCGUCUUAACAUAGUUGACAGGCGCAUAUAUCUGUACAAUUCAUUGCGUUCUGGGAGGUAUAUGACAGCUGCCAAAGAGGCUUGCAAGCCUUUCUCUGUUAUUUUACCAUAUUACUUCUCUAUGUUAGACUUCAAAGGCCUUCGCAACGAAGCUAAGUUUAGCACUAUGGAACAUUUCCCUAUUGUUGCUAUUGAUGGUUUACCCGAGCAGGUCACAGCGUAAGUUUUAUGUUUAGUGUUCAAUGUUUUUCACUGGUUGUUUGUAUUUUUAUUUUUAUGUUAUGUGACUUUGUUUUUUAUCAGUGUUCUCAUAGUGUCUUUUUUUGUGUUUCCUUGUUGUUUUUUUUUCCAGUGAUUGUGGUGUUUUUGUUGCAUCAUUUGCUGAGUAUUUCAUUGAUGGCAAACCCAUCCCGUCCUCUGAUUUUGAUGUGGAAAUUCACCGCGAUCGUUUGGCUGUGUUAUUUUAUCAAUAUGGGAUGAAGAAGCAAACUGAGAACAUUGAAAGUGAAUCCGAGGCCCCUCCCAGCCUUCCCAAGAAGUGAUUUGUUUUUUCAAUCAGACUGUCAUUGUUCUUAUAGUUUUUUAAUGUUGUUUUAAUGUUUUUUAUGUUGUUUUUCUUAAACAAACAUUGGUGUUAUGUUGUGUUUCCUUACGUUUUGUGUGGACCACAUGUAAUCUUUUUAUUUUUGUAUGUUUUUUCUUAUUAUUUUUAUGUACAAACAAGUUGGUAUGUUAAAGUUGUUUGUUUUUUCAUUUCACAUCCCUUCUUUUUUUGUUUUUUUUUUCUUAUAGUUUCUCUGUUUUUUUGAAUACAAAUAUUAAUUUCAGUAUUAAAAACACAAACUGUUUCAAUAACAAACUUCAUAUAUAUAUAUAUAUAUAUAUAUUCAAUUUAGUAUCCAACAUCUUUUAAUAUCCAAU